AACACGAAACAAAGUAACAAAUCAGAAUCUCUCUCUCUCUCUCUCUUGUUCUGUGUCCGAUCUCGACUCAGUAUUGGUUCGAAUUCAACCUAGGGUUUCCAAGUACGACGUCGUUUCAUCCAAUUAGGGUUUCCACUGCUCUCGCCCUCGUCCACCUUCGUCAACGCUGCGCUUUGCUCUCUAUGAAAUCUUUCAAUUCCGCGAAUUUCUACAUUUCGGAGUUGUUUUCGAGGCUCUGGGUGGGGAAGAAGGUGAUAUAGGAGCUCUGGAGGGUUAGGUUGUGGUGUUUCUUGAGAAUUUGAGGUUAAUUUUGCGGUUUAUGAGAGUUAGGGUUUCAUUUGAAGUAGUGGGAGAGAGAUGUUCUAUUCGCAGUUCAUAUUGGCCAAGAAAGGGCCGCUUGGGACCAUAUGGAUAGCGGCGCAUUUGGAGAGGAAGCUCCGGAAGAACCAGGUUGCUGAUACUGAUAUUGGCGUCUCAGUAGAUUCAAUUCUUUUUCCUGAUGUACCAAUUGCACUACGUUUGUCCAGCCAUCUUCUGCUGGGUGUGGUGAGGAUAUAUUCUAGAAAGGUUAAUUACCUUUUCGAUGAUUGCAGUGAGGCUUUGCUUAAGAUAAAGCAAGCUUUUCGCUCCACUGCAGUUGAUUUACCUCCAGAAGAAUCUACAGCACCAUAUCACUCCAUCACCUUGCCAGAGACAUUUGAUCUUGAUGACUUUGAGCUGCCAGAUAAUGAUAUUUUUCAAGGUAACUAUGUUGAUCAUCACGUUAGCACAAGGGAGCAGAUUACACUUCAAGACACCAUGGAGGGUGUGGUCUACUCUACAUCACAGUUUGGACUGGAUGAGCGGUUUGGAGAUGGUGACACUUCUCAAAUUGGUCUAGAUCUUGAUGAGGAUUUGUUUUUGGACAAGGUUUCAGCUCCUGGACAUGCUGGAGUUCUGUUGGGUUUGGAUGCUGAUCCUCAGGCAUCUGUCCACCCAAUUAUACCUCUUCAAAAAGAUGUAAUUUCAGAAGCUACAGCUGCUAAUGGCCUUGGAAAUCAGAUUGAAGGUCUUGCUGCAAGUACUGAUGUCAUGGAGUAUGCUCAGGCCCCAUCCACUCCUGGAUUAGUGGAAGAACCAAACUUGUCCAGUGUGCAAGAGGCUCUGGCCUGUGACGAUCAUUUGGAACCUGAGGAUCAUAAUUUGACAGAACUAGUAGCAAAAGAGAACCUAGAAAAUGCUUCCAGUGUGUCAAGUCUUCAUUAUGGGGAUAAAGUUGCUGCAGAUUGGACUUUGCUCAAUGAUACGAAUCAUGAUGCUGUUCUCAGCAUACCUGCUGAUGAGAAUGGGUACCUUUUGGGUGAACAGAAGAUCAAACAAGCAAAGCCACAAGGAGAUUCGCCAUCUGUUGCAGUGACGGAUCAGAUAUCAUCAGAAUGUUCAGUUGGGAAAGCUGCUGCACCAGAUGGCAUAGACAGGGCGGAAGAUAUGCAGAAUGGAACUCUAAGCAACCAUGGACCUGGAAUUCUAUCUGUUGAUCAAACCCAUGAGGAAUUUGAAGAACCCCAUGGGUUGGAUGAAACUGUAGGGAAUCCUAUUUUCUCUCAUGCUGCCUCUGAUUUGGAGGACCCUUGUCAUAGAGAAUGUCCUGGGACUGAGAAUAUUUCUGAGAAAUCUAUUUUAACUACUUCCUGCCCACCAGUAUUGGAAUGUAUUUCAGAAAAUGAUAAUGCAUCGCUUAAUCCAGAUGUAUCAGCAUCAAAUGCUGCAGGUUCAUAUGAAUCACCUGGUAGACCACACCUUGAAAAUGUCGAGGCUCAGGCUUUGAAUUCUGUAGUUCAUGAAGAAAUGCCACCUUGUAGUGUGGAUGUAGUUCAGGCAUGCAAUUCGCAUCUGAACCAAACUGAUUUGUCAUCUCUUGGAGAGACAUCUGGAAGGGAGGAGGAACCCCUUUCUACUGGAGUUUCCACUGAUGUGCAAGGUGAAGUGUGCCAUGCUACUGGGGUGUUGACUCCAGUUUGGGAGGAAAACCAGAUAUCAAUACCCACUUCUAAUGAACAUAUUGAGGCAGAUCGUAGCAAGUUAGAUGAGAAAAUGGACAAUGUGAUCUCAAGCGAUGCUCAGUUACUAAAAAGUUCCACAAAUUCUGAUUUGCCUGCACCUGAAAAAUUGCUCUCUAUGCCUGAAGGGCUUGUUGAUCCACCAAAUGAUUUCCUAGUGGAGUUGACUCCAGAUAAAGUGCUAGAAGGGAGUGAGGGAGAUGGUGCUGCCAUGAAAAACAUUUCAGGAAAAAAGCGCAGUUUCACAGAAAGCACACUAACCUUGCACUCUCUAAAUUCAGUCGAAACUUUUGGGGUUUCUAAAUCCAGAAAAACUGCAGAAUCAAUUCCUGAUGAUGAUGAUUUGUUAUCUUCCAUCUUAGUUGGAAGAAGAUCUUCAGCAUUGAAAAUGAAACCUACUCCUCCACCUGAAGUAGCAUCUAUGAAACGCCCCCGGACUGCAACCCGGAGCAAUGCAUCUAAGAGGAAGGUGCUUAUGGAUGAUCCCAUGGUCUUGCAUGGCGACACAAUACGGCAACAAUUGACAAGUACUGAAGACAUACGCCGUGUGCGGAAGAAAGCUCCUUGCACUCGUCUUGAAAUUUGGAUGAUUCAGAAACAAUUUUUGGAAGAUGAAAUUUUCAGUGAACCCAUAUCCACUGGAAUGUCAGCAGAAUUGAUGUCUUUGUACAAUGAAACAUAUGACCUGAGCACAGUCAGGGUCUUUGAAAAUAAUGCUUCUUCAGAAGCAGCUAAGGAAAUGGAGCUCUCUGUGAAGCCAAAUGUUACCAAAGAAAUUGGAGAGGAAGGAAGUGUAGAAUCUUUGGCAGUUAGAAAUGAUGGUGAAGUGGAGUCUGCUCAGUCCCUCGUGCAGACUGAGAACCAGCAUGGUGAAGACCAUUCCUUAGGCAUCCAUGAUAAUGAUACUCAAGUGAAGACUUUACGAUGUGAAUUUUUUGGGGAAAUAGCUGAAAUGGAAAUCGAUGGACAGAGCAUUGCUGUUGCUGAUGCAUCAGAUCGUGAUGCCACUCAUGGGGUUGAUUCAUUGUCUACUGCUGGUCCCAUCUCUGGAGAUAUUUGUGACUUGUCAGUGGGCUCCAUGGUCCAAUCAACUCUUAUGGAAAAAACAAGUGGUGCAGAUUCUACUCAGCUGAUAGAUGAAUUGUGUGUAUCAUCAUUCAAUCAGAGGUUGGAUGCCAUUUCUGUAGAGAGGGAUGCUUCUGCUGUGGAUUCAAGCAAUGGUAAAGGAGUUGAUACUAUUGAAGUUGCAGAAAAUAAUAAUGACAACAUUGUUGGAAUUGGAAGUGAAUCUAGGCAAAAGGGUGAGCCUUUGAUGGAAGAAACUGUAGGCAUUCAAACAGUUGAAACCGGAGAGGAAGUUCAUACAGUUUGUGCUGCACCAGCUGACAAUGAAAAUUCUUCACUUGCAACUGUGACUCUGGAAGCAAGUGGAUGCAGCAACUUGGUUGUUGUAGCUGAAGACCAAACCACAGAGGAAAUCAUUAAUUAUAAGUCAGGGAUUGUAAAUGAUGUUGAAGUCCUGGAUGCUGAAUUGGGCUAUGAUGACAAAAACCCAACCUCUAACUCUAUCUGUAGUGAAGAACCUAAAAUUGAAUCUUCAUAUGCAAAAGAAAUCGAUGAGGAAAUGAAAAAUGCUUUCUUCAAUGGUGAAGAAAAUAUUCCCUUGAAUGAUAUUGAAAAACCAGUAUUUCUGGAAGCUGAAUCACAUACUGUUGUGGAUACAGAAUUCUCAGCUAUUGACCAUUCUGCCAUUGAAGAUCAUGGUGAUUUUGCGAACAUAACAGUUGGGCAUGAUACAGAGUUUCUGAAUGUAGAUGAUGAUGAAGUGGCUGAUGAUGACGACUAUAUGCCUUCUGCUGAAGAAAAUCGCUUUCUUGAGAACAGUGGAUGGUCUUCCCGCACCAGAGCUGUUGCCAAGUACCUUCAAAACUUGUUUGAUAAGGAAGCUGAACAUGGAAAAAAGGUUAUUCCAAUGAAUAACUUAUUAGCUGGCAAAACUCGCAAGGAAGCAUCAAGGAUGUUUUUUGAAACAUUGGUACUUAAAACUAGGGAUUACAUACAAGUGGAACAGGAGAAGCCUUUUGACAACAUUAAUGUAAAGCCCCGGGUAAAGCUCAUGAAAUCAGACUUCUGAUCCCUCCCCUCCUCCCCCUUCUCCAACAGAAAGAGUAUAGGACUUGGUCACCCAUAUAUAUACCCAGUAGCCCUCCUCCCCAUGUAAUUCCAUUUGGCGUACGCUUGGAGAUUAUUCAUCUCAUCCCUCUUUAAUCCUUCUUUUUUUUUUUUCAAUAAUAUUCUUUUUCUAAGUUAUGUUUUUUUUAGGUCCUAUGUAACUCCAGUAGUAGUUCUUUUAACAGUGGGGUCUAGCGCCGCCUGCUUGUGUACCAUCUUUAAUUAGCGAUUCUAGCAGCAACAACACUAGUGUUGUAACGAGGACAUCGAAUUUAUAUUUAUAUAAAUAUAUAUGUAUAUAUCUGUAAAAUUAAUUACACCAUUACCAAUUGAAUCUG